CGGGACAGGGGGAGAGGGGUUGCGCGAGACUGGGAUGCGCGGGAGCGUCUACCACAACCACCCGCCAUCGUUUUGGGGAGCAACGGUGCUGUAGUACCUGACAGUAGCAUCUGCCGCAUAGAGCAACAUCGAAGCUGCAUGUCGAAAGCAUUCCUAUUCCUCGAGCAGGACUUAGUUCUUCUUCUGCUGUUGCUGCCUUUCUGCACCACUCUUUCCCUUAGGGCGGGCUCAAAGAACGCCGACGUCGAGUUUUCACGGCGUCGCCGACAUCGUUUCACCGCAUAGCGGCUUGUAGAAACGCACAGAAACCCGAGAAUCCGCUGUAGACCUCAGGUGAAAGGCUUUCAGCACCGCAUAACGACGACGUCGCAUUCUGUAGCAGCACAGACUGGCAGCCCGCCGCGGUGGAAAUCACCCACCGCUGCGCCCCCGGGCUGGGUCGGUGAGGUGAAGCGGAGGGUCUGGUUGGGGGCGCCCGCCACGGCGACGAUCGCGCAGAGCACGCGAGACUCUCAGAAGGUCCCCACCACGCGCGGCGUCUACCGCAGUCACUACGGUACCAGUGACUGCUAUUAGCACUGGCAGUAGUUCGACUAGAACUACCAUGGCGGCUGCGUCCCCGUCCUGCGCCCGAGGCCGCGAGGGCUGUUCGAGGCCGCGCUCGCCGUCUCUCUCGCCGCGCCGAUCACCGUCGCCGGGCUCCGCCGAAGCCGCCGCCGCUUUCUCGUGCCGCGCCGCCGCCUCUCCGCGUCUGCUCGCGCUGCUCCUGCUGCUCUCCCUCGCCGUCUCGCGGAUCCACGGACGCGCUCCGGCGGCGGACGUCCGACAUCAUUCCCAAGUCGCGGGAGUGGCUGAUUUGCAGUCCGAGUCGCAGUCAUCCGGGGUCGGCGCAUCCCGAUUCCGCCAGCACGGCCCGCCCGCCAGCAUCGGAGGGGAGGCGGCGGUUGGCGCGACAGGCGCGAGGAGUGAUGGCGCGGCGGGGGCGGCGAUUGGGGAGUGGCUGCGCCGAUCAGCGGACGCAGGCGCGCAGUUCUUCCCCCUGCAGCGCGCGGAAGACGCCCCCAGCAGGGAGGAGCUGCACCGGCGGAUCCUCCAAGGAUCGGGUAUGAUAGGAGGCGGCUUGAAGGGCAAAGGCGGGUCACGCAAGGCAUCUAACGAGACGGGGUUCCUGCCAACGCUGGAGUACGGCAGCACGCUAGUGUCGAUGGCCAACGGCAGCCUGGGCAACACAUUCGUCAACUACAGCACCUUCGCAGACGACAACAAGAUACGCCUCCCCGUGUUCCCCUACUACGUGGACCUGAAGCUGGGGUCCAUGCGGCAGCAGUUCAAGAUGGCGCUCAACAUAUUCCUGCCCUUCACCUGGGUGCCCUGCGACUGCCUCCACUGCGGCACCGCACGCCGGGGGACAGCCUCCAGCAAGCCCUUCAGCACGCUCUCCUCCUCGUCCCUCAGCUUCAUCUCCUGCGCCGACAACCGCUGCCUCGAGGGCUCCAAGCUGGGCUACUAUGGGUGUAACGCGGACGGCACGCCCAACUACCUCAACACCACGGGCCUGCUGCCAGGGGACGACGCUCUCUGCGUUUACACGUCGUUUGAGGGGUACUUUGACUACUAUGAAGCGGACGCUGACGCGGGGGAGUACAUAGGGUCUGUGGGCCAUGUCAUCGAGGACACGGUCUACCUCACUGCACCUGACGGCACCGAGGUCAACCGAUCCAUCACUUUUGGCUGUGGCCUCAACCAGCAAGGCUACUGGGGGAUGCAGGGGUGGCUGGACGGCUCGUGGACGGCAGGAGGCGUGCUAGGGCUAGGGUACAGAAGCCCCUUCCUAGAGCAACUCACCACAGGCACCCGCUCCUUCGCCGUGUGUUUGGACCAGCCCACCCCCACGAACAAGCCAGCGUGGGACGAGAAGAGGCCUCUCCAGGAGGGCAGCAGCCACCUCACCAUCGGCGCUGUCGGCCUCCCUGCCGGCGCCCAGUACUCAAGAUUGUUCUACUCAUCAGGCAUGCGCUAUAGCCACAUCACGCUCACCACCACAACGCGUGCAAUGAACAUCACGGACGACCCAUCAUCGCUGCCCAAGGGCACGGCCUUCCUGCCCGAGGACGCUCCCGGGCCUCCGGGCUUCCUCUUCAUGCCCGAGUCCUUCGUGCACAUGCUGCGCGCCUCCCUGCUCAUCUCCUUCAUCUCCAAUCUCCAAGAGAUGACAGGGCAAACGUUUAUCUUCAACACAACUACCAAGGAGGUUUAUCGCCUUCCCUGCUUCCAGAACAAGAAAAACUCCGGCGACCCCUUCACCGUCUUCCCCACUGUCGACAUUGCUUUCUACGGAAGAAGUUCCAACGGCACAAGCCCCGCCUCCCACUUCUACCUCAAGCCGUCCGAGUACCUCGUCAAGGUUUCACCUUCCAGAUACUGUGUCCUGGCCACAUCACUUCCUCCUGACAGUUUUUAUGCCAAUUACAUUGGAGAGCCGGGUCUGUUCAACAAGUAUCUCUUCUUCGACUACACCAACGCCACUGCAGGGUGGAUUGAUGCACCUCAAUGUGGAGCUACACCCCAAAUCCCCCCGCCCUCCCCCCCUCCACCUCCCUCCCCCGUUUCCAAAGCGGCCCUCGCCUCCCGUUCCCUGGCGGCAGCAGCAGUGCGAGCAGUCAUCACAACCACAUCCACUGCCCUGCUUGCUCUCUCCCUCCUAUAAUUCCCGCGACAUGCCACCUUUCAGUCUUACAGUUCUCCAAACCAAAGCACAGAGUCUUGUAUAGUGUCAAGUCAGUGGAGUUUGUGUGGGAACUGUCUUGUGGGAACUCCCUGUUGUGAUACUGACUCUGCAAGGAACCUCCUGCGGACAGAUUAUGAUGUAUAAAGAAGUGCCCCACUA